AGACUGCGCACAGGUGCCAAUUUGCUCUAGCCUCUCGUGGCGAUUGGUCGCUGCUAGUUGCGCGAAAAGGAGUCUGGAGGUCUGGGUGAAGAAAGAGCUAAAAAGCUGCAAGUUCCACGAGAGACGCGGGAAUCUUGGCUGAAGCGCUCAGGAAGUUGGAGACUUUGUACAAUCUAACAAUGGCGCGAAGAGGACUGCUAUUGCUUCUCUUCAGCCAUCUCUUCUUGGAGGCUUUAGCUGCGAUUGAUACCUGUGGGGAUAAUAUAACGUUGAACUCUGCAGCCUUCUUUAUCACCCCUGGCUUUCCCAUGGUAUACCUGCCCUCCCAGCAAUGUGUGUGGGUAAUAACCACCCCUGAGCCGGAUCAGAAGAUCCUCCUCAACUUCAAUUCUAUUUUUCAUCUGGAGGGCAAGGACUGCAAGCACGACUAUGUGGAGGUUUACAACGGCGGCGACGAGCUUUCGCCCUUGUUGGGAAGGUAUUGUGGGUCGGUUGCACCACGCCCGUUCAUCACCAGCGGCAACCAGGUCCUCAUCAAGUUUAUCUCUGAUGAUGAGAACGAUGGGGCAGGAUUCGCUGUUCACUACGAGGUCUUCAAGCUAGGUCCAGAUUGUUCCAGAAACUUCACUGAUCCCCAGGGUGUUAUCACAACACCAGACUUCCCCAAGAAUUACCCCAACAACCUCGACUGCACUCUCAUGAUCUUCGCCCCCCAGCAGAAGUCAGAGAUUGUGUUGGAGUUCAACAGCUUCAGCAUGGAGCCCCACAGCUUCCAUACAGACCCCGACAACUCCUGCAAAUAUGACUGGCUGGAGAUCUGGGACGGCCUCCCUGCAGUGGGUUCCCACAUUGGCAAAUACUGUGGCUCGUCCUCCCCGGGCCGCGUGAUCUCCCACAGUGGCAUCCUGUCCAUGAUCGUCAUCACUGACAACCAGCUCACCAAAGAGGGAUUCUCCGCCAACUACACCAUCCACAACAGAAGCCCUAAGUAUACCUGCGGAUCUAAUUUACAAAUAGACUCCGGAAGCUAUUUGACCACCUCGGGCUUUCCCUAUGAAUACCUGCCCUCCCAGCAUUGUGUGUGGGUGCUAACUGCCCUUGAGCCGGGUCAUAAGAUCAUCCUCAGCUUCAAUCCUUAUUUUAAUCUGGAGGGCAAGGACUGCAAGCACGACUAUGUGGAGGUUUACGACGGCGGUGAUGAACUUUCGCCCUUGUUGGGAAGGUAUUGUGGGACGGUUGCACCUUCCCCGAUAAUAACCAGCGGCAACCAGGUCCUCAUCAAGUUUAUCUCUGAUGAUGAGGUACAGGAGGCGGGAUUCUCUGUUGUCUACAAACUCUUCAAGCCAGGUCCAAAAUGUUCCAGAAACUUCACGGAUCCACAGGGUGUUAUCACAACACCGAACUUCCCCAAGAAAUACCCAGAAAACAUGAACUGCAGUCUCAUGAUCUUCGCCCCCCAGGAGAAGUCGGAGAUCGUGUUGGAGUUCAACAGCUUCGACAUGGAGCCGGACUUCCUACAUAAAGACCCCGACAACCCCUGCACAUACGACUGGCUGGAGAUCUGGGACGGCCUCCCUGCAGUGGGUUCCUACAUUGGCAAAUACUGUGGCUGGACCCCCCCAGACCAAGUGAUCUCCCAGAGUGGCAUCCUGUCCAUGAUCGUCAUCACUGACAAGGCUAUCAACAGAUCGGGAUUCUCUGCCAACUACACCAUCCGCGAGAGGAUGGACUAGCUAUGAGAAGUGAAGGUGGUGUUUUUCAGGGAGAGAGUACUGGCAACUACUGUUGUACCAGUGUGCAGGGGGGGAAACUUCCCUGAUGAGGAUGAGCAGCUCAGCUAAUGAGGUGUUUUCCUAGCAACCGCUGUAGAGAUAACUAAUAGUUUAGAAUUAGACCAAUCAGAAAACCCUGUGUGUGACUGUUGACCAGUCGGUUAUAUUGGAUCUCUCUAGGAGAAGCAUGGUGUAAGAGGGAUAAAAGAAUAUAUCCGUCCUGUUCCUUUACAUGUCAGAUUUGUACUUUGUAGGAUAAAAAUUGCUU